AUGAAUACAAUGGAUGAUGAAUUGAAACAAGAAUCUUCAAAUGCAGUGAUAACAGGAGAAAAUAUUAGUGAAGAAAAUCUUAAUGAUGAAGAAGAACUUGAUUUUUAUGAUUUUCUUGAAGCCGUUUCGGAUAAAAUUGAUAAUAUUAAAAAUCAAAUUGAAGAACGACGAGAACAUCCUCGACAACGUUUACGAAGGACUAUAGCUGAACUCGAAGAACAAAAAAGGAUUCUUAAAAGUCAAUUAGAACAACGUAUUCAUAUAUGGUCUGAAAACUUUAAAAAACCGAAUUUUAUUCGAACACGAGAUAAAAUAUCAUUCUCAAUUGGAGUUGCCAAUGCUUGUUUUUCACCGUUGAUUGCUGGUCGUUGGCCACAUAUAUUACCUCUUGUUUAUACUAUUCAAGCUUUAUUUCUAAUAACACUUCGAUUCUUUAUUUAUAAACGUAAAAGUUGGCAUUAUUUUGUGUACGAUCUAUGUUAUUUCGUUAAUGUCUUAACAUUACUUUAUCUAUGGGUAUUUCCGUCAUCAAAAAUUCUUUUCACUGUGUGUUAUACAUUAAGUCAUGGUCCAUUAGGUAUUGCAAUAGUUCUUUGGAGAAAUUCACUAGUUUUUCAUAGUCUUGACAAAGUGACUAGUUUAUUUAUUCAUAUGUAUCCACCAUUAACAUUAUUUACUCUUCGUUGGCUUUUACCACUUGAUCUUCAACGUCAAUAUUAUCCAGCUAUUGUUCAAAUAGGUUCAUCUCUACAUACGAAAACAGCUGUAUUUUAUACAGUUGUUUUUUAUUUAAUAUGGCAAGCAUUAUAUUAUGCAUUCAUUGUUUAUGGACGUCGAGAGAAAGUUGCACGUGGUUUACGAGCUACAUCCUAUACAUGGUUGUUAGCUGAUAAAGAUGGUUUUGUUGCACGUCUUAUACAAAAAUUUGGUUUUGGUGGACCAAAUGAUGGUAUAAAUCGAUAUAAAAUUGUAUUUUAUUUCUUUCUACAAUUUGGAUAUAUGCUUCUAUCGAUUUUACCAGUAUGUUUAUGGUAUUAUCGAAAUAUGUAUGUCAAUGGAAUAUUUCUUUGUUCAAUAUUUGCUGUUAGUGUUUAUAAUGGAGCUUCUUUUUAUAUUGAUGUUUUCUCACGUCGAUAUGUUAAAAGUCUUGAAUUAUUACAUGAUUGUGAUGAAAUUGAAACGACUGAUGGCAUUCCACGCCAUUCUAUUUCAUCUUGUCCAUUACGGAAGUCUUCUCAAGUGAAUACGAAUAGUUCCGAAAAUUUUAAUGAAUUAAACAAUAAGAAAAGUUCUUAA